CUUAGUUGUGUCUUGGUUAGGUUCGGGUGAACAUCAACUGUCUUGAAAUUUUGUGAUCAUAAUUUUGUAUUCUCUUCCUCUUAUCAUCCCCUCAAAAAACACAAAAAAAAAAAAUAAACAAAGAAAUUGUUAACUGCCCACUACAAGUUCAUGGAACUGUGGGAACAUUUUUUCGGGCUCCCCAAAUCAUUCUCCGCCAUCAAUUUCCGUUCUCUGUGUAAAGUCGCCUCCUCCAAGUGACGCAUUCAAUUUGAUUGACAAAAAAAUCAUAAUUUAAUCAUCCGUCAUUGCUUUUAUUUCCUCCUCCUCGUGUCUUAUCAUCCGGCCGGGCACAUACUCAACGGGACUAUAGAUAUCUCAUGUGUAAACAUUGAUAGCCACAAUCAUCAUCGUUGUCGCCGACAAACGCCACCGCUGUCGUUGUCGUCGUCGUCGUCGCCGUUGUCGUUUCUGUUGCCGUUGCCGUCCCGUCGAUUGUACACUUCACUUCAUUCCCAAGACUCUUUUCAAGUCCGUAUCACCAGAAGACCGAGAUUAGCAUAAGAGUGAGGCAGGCAUCAGAGCAGAUAUAGAAAUGGAAUGACCUCAGAAUUUCAAGACUCAAGUCCACAUUCUCCUGCUGCUUGUUUAGUUGUGCUUCCGAUUAAUUUUGAUUGCAGCUAAAAAUUAAACAAAAAAAAAUAGAAAUACUGCUGCCAUCACAACGAGAUACCGAACCGAAAAUUUCAUUUAGAAACGUUUAUCGUCGCGUCGCGUCGGUUCAGUCAAGAUCUGUUCACAAGCAAGAGAGAAGCUGUGUUGCGUCGGAAUCGGAAUGGAAAUGUUUUUAUUCAAAUUGCUGCUGAUUUUGGCGGCAGUACUGCGAGUAUCCUCAAAGUCACCUGUUAUUUCGAGCAUCACCGAGGACCAGGUGGUGAGUGUGGGAGAAGCCGUCGAAUUCAAUUGCACCGUCGAAAAUGUGGAGAACUACGCUGUCGGCUGGAGCAAGAGCACCAAUGAUCUGGGCACUGGUGGAGGUGUAGUGCUGUCGAUUCGGGGUGUUCUCAGUCUGUCCGAUCCGAGAUACACCAUCAAGGAGAUAAAGACCGACGCCAGUGCCACCUACUCCUUCAGAAUCGCCAAAAUCGAAGCCUCCGACAUGGGUACCUACGAGUGUCAAGUGAUUGUGUCCGCCAUCGACAAGGUGACAAAGAGCUUAAAGCUCUCCGUCAAGCAUCCACCCAUAGUUUCGGAAGAGAAGACUCCCAAAAGCGUAGUGGUAAAGGAGGGCGAGAAUAUCGAGGUGACCUGCUAUGCCGAUGGUUUUCCCAAGCCCAAUCUCUCUUGGAAGAGGGAGGAUAACUCCAUUAUGCCUGCUGGUGGUAACUACCAUCGCGGAGCCACUUUACACAUCCGGAAAGCACACCGCCUAGACCGCGGUGGCUACUAUUGCAUCGCCGACAACGGAGUUGGUGUCCCCAAUGAAAGAAUUGUUCGCGUUGAGGUUGAAUUCCGGCCUCAGAUCUCAGUGGUUCGUCCAAAAGUAGCCCAGAUGAAGACACACGCCGCUGAAAUGGAGUGCUCCGUCCAGGGCUAUCCCCCACCAUUGGUCUUUUGGUUCAAAGACGGCUCUCAGCUACAGUCGGGUGGAAAUUAUCGCAUCACCAACAUGGCCACCGCACAUGAGACAACAAAUUCGGUCCUGCGCAUUUUGUCCACCAACGAACGCGACUAUGGUGACUAUUUCUGCAAUGCCACCAAUAAAUUGGGAAAUGCGGAUGCAAGGUUGAAUUUGUUCCAGCCGGUGAUUCCAGUUCCGAAAGUUUAAGUUUGAUGUUUAUUUUAUUUAAUUUUUUUUCAUAUGUUUACUGGUGGUGAUUAUAUUUUGGUAUAAUUUUUGUAAUAAGUAAAUUUUUAAGAGAAUGAAUUAAAAUGUUUCGGACGAGUGAUUUUAAUGAAAAUGAUAAAUAAAGAAUAAAUAUUUUUAAAAAUGAAAAUAAAAACA